CUGAGCCGCUCGCAGCGAGUCGCGUCCUGUGUCGCCCGAGACAGUUGUCCAGGGAGACGUGAGUGCUGGGGCUGGGUCUCUGGCUGCGUCUAGGAAAUCGAUCCGAGUUGAAUCUUCAGUGCACAGGUGAGGAUCCACGGAGUAUUUUAUAUAUACAGGAUCUUAACCCUACAGCAGAUGCUGGAGGUUUCAUUCUUGCUGCUGGCAGCCCUCUUGCUGGGCCUGUUGCUGCUGACACUGCGGCUCUUUUCGAGAUACUGGGGGUUACUCCUUGUCUUAUGGAAUGAGCGUGUCCUGCAGAAAAUCUACAAUCUGCUCAUGGGCAACAGCAAGGAGCAGCGCAUUCUGCAGCACGUGCUGCAGCACGCUGUAGCCGGGGACCCACAGAGCGUUAUGGAGGCCAUCGAUGCCUACUGUUCACAGAAGGAAUGGGCCAUGAAUGUGGGAAACAAAAAAGGCGAGAUUGUGGAUGCUGUGGUGCAGGAGCAGCAACCCCGAGUGCUGCUGGAGCUGGGGGCUUACUGUGGCUACUCAGCCAUCCGUAUGGGCCGCCUGCUACCUCCUGGCUCCCGUCUGCUCACCAUCGAGUUCAACCCUGACUUCGCUACCAUCACCCAGCAGAUGCUGGAAUUUGCGGGCCUACAGGACAGGAUAACUGUUAUCCUUGGGGCAUCUCAAGACAUCAUCCCCCAGCUAAAGAAGAAAUAUGAUGUGGAUACACUGGACAUGGUCUUCCUUGACCACUGGAAGGAACAGUACCUGCCAGACAUGCUCCUGCUGGAGGAGUGUGGCCUGUUACGGAAAGGGACGGUGUUGCUGGCUGAUAACGUCAUCUUCCCAGGAGCACCAAAAUUUCUGGCACAUGUACGUGGGAGCAGCCGCUUUGAGUGCACACACUUCCCUUCUUACCUGGAAUACUCACAGUUGGUGGUGGAUGGCUUGGAAAAGGUCGUCUAUCUGGGCCCAGGCAGCCCUGCAAGGCCUUAACUGCCUGCCCUACUCUGGGCUCUCUUACAGAACCUGGUUAUGAGGCGUACGGUAGAGGUGCUCCUUGCCAACCCCACUUCUGCAGUUCUGGGGUCUGCCCCAUCACAGCACACUUGAGGCCUGUGAUGCCCACUUUGGCCCACACUGGCCUGUCUACACAGCAGAUCCAGACUGUCACAUAGUACUCACCCCAAGUGCAAAUGGCUCACUAUGCAGAAUCAUCGCAAUAAAUGUGGAAAGUAAAAACCCAAUCAGGACAGGGGUGCCACUGAUGAUGUCACUCACCCCCACCAGCAUUCUAGUUGGUUUUCUUACACAGGCUGCCCUCAGGUAUGGACAGAAUCACACAGGAAGUAGUGGGGGCCUAGACCCAUGUGGGUCUGUCAGGAGUGCGUUCAGUCUGUUCCUGAGGUGUGCUGCCAUCAAUGGCAGUAGUGCCUCAGAGUGGCCAUGAACCAACUCGCAGCACACUUCAGUUCUUUCACCUCCUUUUUAAGAAGAAAUACAACUUCUUUACUAAAAUCAACUAGCUUAUCCGUCAAUAUCAUGUUUAGGGGAUAUUAAAAUAGAAGUAAAGAUCAAAAUACUCAGAAAUCACAUGAACUCUGCUU